AUGUCUACCAGCGCUGCGACCCAAGGCCCCGUCGAGGCUCGUUCCCUCUCAUCUAUCACAGCCAUCGCAUCGAAUCCCCCCCGCCUACCCACGCAAUCCUACACACGAGAAGCUCGACCCGUUGACAUAUUCCUCUCGCCCGUUAAACCGCCUACCAAAUCUAGCGUCUCUGCAGAGGCUAUUAAUGCUUCUUUGUACUAUCUUCAUGUCUCGACGCCUGACGAUGAUGCAUUGCUUCAGGAAGUCGAGCAGCAGCGCGAGGAGGAAGCACAGCGCCGGAGGAAAGCCCUCGAGGAUGAUCCCUCCCAACAAGAGUUCGCUCGCAUGAAUCAUGUGCGAAGGAAACCUGUGGGUGGCGCUGAGGCAGGCCAGGAGCAUGCGGGCCAGGAGCACCAUGCGCCUGCAUUGGACCUGGAAACUACCGCUCCCUUGCUAAAUCCUCCUUCGCUGCCGAAUCGGCCGGUGGCUAUGCCGCGCGUCUCCGCGGAGAAUAUGUCGUUCUCUGGGACUCCGGUUGCAAAUGCGUCGCCGUUGCCGUCACCGACAUACCCUCAUGUAGAUGCAGUGACGGGAAGCGCAUCGCAGAGCCCUGUCACGCAGAGUCCGAUCUCGCGCCGACCGCUACCUCCUCUACCCCCGCAUGAAGCGCCAUUUGGCCAAGGUGCAGCUGGAGAUGCUUGUGAACCCCAGCCCACUAGGCCCAACCGGUGGAGUGCCUUCGCGGGAGAGGAUCAGCCUGUCCAGGGACAAGAACCAUGGCGAAGUGGCCAUGACGCCGUGCCAACCGGCCGUUAUAGCCUUGAUGCAAGUAAACCGCCAUUGCCACCUCGUCCGACACAGAUCCCAGACCGGUCUUCAAGAAGUCCUGGACAGUCGCCGUCUCGACAGAGGAAGACGCACCAGCAUCCUCCUUCUAGUAACGCAGGCUUCAAUAUCACACUUAUCCGACGCGAUCCCACAUCUGGUACUCAAUGGAACGUCGCGACGAUCUCUACCCCACGAAGAGACCAUAACAUCAUUGAUCUUGACAUUGCAACACCUGGAUACAACAGGUUCGCCAGGUCGGAUGAGCCCCUCACACUUGCUAGCCUAGCUGCCAAUCUCCCCGCUGGUAUGAUGCGUACCGCCGCUCCACCAUCACUGCCUGUCGAACAGCCCAGAGAACAGCAACAGGCCACCGGCCCUCGCAAAUUCCACCGCCAACUCUGCGUAUCAAAACCCUUCGAUGACUCCGGCGUAAGUUCCUCUGAAUUUGCCAACGGUCUUGACAGUUCCUCCAAGUUGAAAAGCGGAUACUACGUUUUCAACUCUCCAUGGAACGGCACCUGCACAUUCUCCAGCAGCGUCAAUGGGCGCAGUCUAAAAUGCAAACACAUGGUACAAGGACCAAGUGGAGGAGCAGCCUUCCCAGCAGGUGACAUCGACCCCAAUCCAGCCGUGACAGUUGCCGAAAUCCGCUUCAACACACCUUUCCAAGCCGCAAAUCUACGUUAUCACGCCGCACCACGCCCAACACACCACUCCCACCCUUUCUUCCCAACUUCAUCCUCAAUACCCGAUCCUCCUACUUCAGAUUCCUCAAAACGGGGCUCUCUUUCUCAAUUUCUAAACCCAAAUACCUACGCCCGUCCACGUGCUCACUCGGGCCCUAAUUCUUCUUCUACUACUCAAUCCUCUGAUCCUGCACGCCCUCCUUUCAAUCCUGCCGCUCUACUCCGCCGUACAUCACUUCGUGCUGGUCGGUUUGCGCAUCAGCAAACUAACCGCUUCGGCCACCAGCCUUUUCAUCGGCGGACGCGGAGUGGAAGUACGAGUAGUGGGGGUCCGGACUCAGAUGAUGAGCGAUUGGAUUUUUCGCUUGCGAGGGAACUUGCAGGUGGUGGUAUGAGAGGGAAGAGUGCUAAGUUAGGGAAAUUGAUUAUUGAGGAUGAGGGGAUUAAGAUGUUGGAUUUGGUUGUUGCGGCUUGUAUGGCUGUUUGGUGGCGAGGAUAUUAUCAUUGA